AUGCCCGGCCGGGUGGAACAGCGCUCCGCCACCCGGCCUCGCACGCCGUUCCGCGCACGUCCGAGCUUAUCCGAAGACAGAUCCCCAGAACUCCGGGGUCGAAGCGCUCGCGUCGCCGUGAUGUGGGCAGCAGCUCCGGACUCGGCCCGGAAUCAGAUGCUAGCCGACUUCGCGCCUGCCAGGCGUCUGUCACAGCGCCGCUGCCCUGCGACCCCACCAGGGACCGAGGUGACGGAGCCGUCGUCAUCGCCGCUACGUAGCACUCCGCCCUAUGAAACUCAGGAACGGCCCGUCACCCCAGAAAAGUUCGCAGGUGCCCCCGGCCGAUGCUCGUCCCCCCCACAGAGGCUAAAGUCAGCUUCCUCUGCUGGACGUGACUUCGCUCUAGAAACUCACGCCAAGGAGACUCCUUGGCCUCGGAGACGGGACGCGGAGUCAGAGUGGCCUGAGCCCUCUGAACACGGGGACCUCGGGUGCGGAGCCCCGCAGAGAGAGGGUGUGGGGUCCUGGGCGAGGCGGGGCGGGGGCACAGACACCCCCUCCUCCCUUCCUGGCCCUGGCUGGGGGCGGGGGGGGGGCAGAUGGAAGAAACUGGGUGUACCUGACGCUCUGCAGGGGACAGGGCCGAGGGGCCGAGGGGCCGAGGGGCCGAGCCCUGGGCCGCAGCCGGCGCGGGGUGAGGCUCAGGUGUGGAGGCUGUGGGCAGGGCGGGGUCAGAGCCCAUGGGGUGCCCGGCACAUCGGAGGACAGAAUGGGACCUCGCCGAACCUACGGGAGCACGGCAGCGGCUCGCUCGGACGGGGCCUCCGCACUCUUCUGGAACACCGCUGGCUAGGGGUUGGAUUGCGUCUCUCCAAAACGCCUCUCCAAAAACCCGAACGCCCGGCCCCUCAGAAGCCCCAGAACUCCGAGGAGAUAAACGAGUGCCGUGGGAGCCGCCCGGUGCGCGCUGCUCUGUCCCGGUGGCCUGAGCUCGCCACGCAGCGGCGGACAAGCCAGCGACAGGAAGGCACGGCUGGGUUUCUGCACACAGGCUUUUGUUCAAAUUGCUGGAAACGUCAUUUGGUCCCGAUCAGGGAGGUCGCCAGCGUGCAGAUGGCCAGCACUGCGCCCUCCACUUGCGAGUUGGUCCAGACUUCAGGGGUCCGUUUCUGUGGGGAUCUGCUGGAGGUGACGAUGCAGGAGGAGCUGGAGGCGGAGGCGCCAGACCCUUCCACGUGCCUCGGUUUACCAUCCAGCCAGUGGGUCAGGCUGGGUGGCUCCAGCCUGCGAGGAACCGAGCUGGCAGCCUGGGUGACAGACCGGGCAGCGGGCUGGGUGUGGACACAGCUUGGCAGCGCUGGGCCGGCGGGAAGGACCCUGGAAGCCUGAGCCCCGGUCGGCCCCUCCCCCACCCCCCUCCCCUGCCUGGUUAGCAUGGCAACAGCCUCCUCCCUGGUUCCGAGAGGGCCGCUGAGUCACGGGCCCAACUGGGAACAUGACAGGGUCCCCCUGCAGGACAGUGGCUCCGGUCCAGGAGGAAGGCUCAGUGGGAGGCAGGCUGCGUGGGGGAGGGGAGGCACCAGGCACCACCUCUGAGAAGCGACGAGCUGCGGUUGGGACGACCGGGGACGGGUCGGGCCUCAAUGUCUAGCCACAAACACAGCAGGCUUUUCAGCACCAGCUCAGCUGAGCACCACCUCUGGGGACCCCUUGGUCCCUGCCCUGCCCCUGGGUCUGUCUGCUUCCGCUCUUCCUGCCCUGCCCCUGGGUCUGUCUGCUUUGGCCAGAGCGAGGCUUGGCCUGCACGUGAGGCCAUGUGCUCCUCUGCCCCGGGCCCAGGGACGUGCUGAGAGCCUCCAGCUUCCUGCUCCCACGCGAGGGCCGGGCAAGGGCUGGGGCACCCACCCGAGCCCACCUGCCAGCUCUGAUCUGGCUCAGGGCUCCAGAGCCGCCCCCAGCCCCCCACCCCUGGGGCCAGGCCCACCAGCACUGCCCAGAUCCAGGCCUCUGAGGGCCCAGCCCCACCCUGAGGGAGGUGGGAGGCACCGGAGUUACCGUGGGAGGACAGAGGGCAAGGGGCAUGUGGGGGGGGCACACGGGAGUUGGGGUUGCCUCUGAAAGGCGGGUGGACGGGAGGACCCAAGACCAGAGUGUCGGGAGGAGCCUCAGAUCCAAGCUCCAGGGCCUGUGGCUGCCCAGCAGGGGCCCCCUUUGACACCCCCUCCCCCCGAAGAAGUUUGAGGCCUGUGACCGGGUCCCAGCCUGCAUCCUGUUCCCCUCACUCAGGGCAGUGGAGGCGACCCAUCCACAGCCCUGCCCUGGCCCACACCCCCCCAUGGGGCACAGCAGGUGAUGCCACCUGAGACAGGGCCCCCCCGAGUGGCCGCUGCCCACCGGGACCCUCCCCCGCCCCCCGCCCACCCGACCAGCAGCGCCCACACCUCACGCGCACACCCCGGUCCCCAGGAAUAAUCCUGCCCAUCUCCACCUGGGGCGGACUUUAUUACCACGGUCAUCAUCAAGACGAUCAUGUGAACACAGGGAGACAGCGCCGGUUUCCAGACUGUUGUGGCAGGCGGGGGCGUGCAAAGGAAACCUCCCGCCAAACGCUACGCACAAACAACUGUCCUCUGGGUCACCGGGAGCCGUCACCCCAGGGGCAGAGCAGCACGAGGCCGUGAGGAGGAGGCUGGACCAGCCUGCGAGGACCCCACCCGGCAGGCUCCCCUCGAACUGCACCUGCCCGCGCCUCUAAUACACGUUCCCACACAAUCAGGGCGUUAAAUAUACAGAGAUUUCGUCGGAACUGCGUUGGUUAACAAAUAAACUCACCACCUCUCUUUACAUUAACUUCACA